CUUUGCCAAUGACUCUGUCGAAACCCAAGAGUUUUGCCAGGCAGCUAUAAAGAAAAAGGUAGCCUGGCAGUCUUGUCAAAUUGCAGAUUUCUUAAAUGCUUUCAAUCUCAAAAAGAAGCUUAAGCCAGAAUAUGAUUGCCAAAAAAAGUUCCUUUCAAUUCUUUUCAGAUGA